AUGCCUUCGGUUCAGGUCGAAUUCAAUACGGAAUACCAAAAUGCGCACCGCUUUCCGGCGUGGAUGGCCUUGUCGGUCUUUUCGAUCGUCUGCCUCGCCGCGAUCGGCGCCGAAUCGACCCGGGACGAGCGCGACGCGGCCAUUAAAUGGUCGCUCGCCGUAGCCUCCAUGAGUAUGAUCGUAUCUUUCCUGGCCGUUGUGGCUUACUUAAUGGCGCGCGGCGUCUUUGUUGGACAAACUCCCGAAACAGCUUUGGUUGUUUUCGUCCUCGCGUUUUGGGGAGCCGGUUUACCGGUCAUUAUGAACCCUUCCAACGGAAUCGCCGUACGCGACGACACCGUCACGAACGCCAACUUGUACUUCUUUUCCUGGCUAAGUCUUGCCGCAACUCUCUUUCUGGGUGCCAGUCUCGCGCAAGAAAGGACCGGAAUGAACGUUCACGAAAUGGCAACGGCAUCUCCCAAGACUACCCGUUGGUUUGGACUCGCCGCGUCGUCACUCGUCGUCAUGGGCGCCGCGGUGCGCAUCUUCCGCGAGGUUUGUGAAGAUGCGUUGCCCGUGGUGCAGGAGGGAGCAUUUUGUAAACGCAGCAAGCUGGCCAUUUCUGUAGGCGUCGUCUCUUUUGUUCUCUCCUCCGCAGUUGCGUACCUGUCCAGUCAGCGCAGCAAUGCCGUUAUGCCCAUCCUGGCGGAAACGGGCCUCACUACGCUGCUGCUCAUCAUGUGGUGCUUUGCGGUUGGAUACGUGACCUUUGGAUUGACUUCGCCUGGAUCCAAAAUCGGCAAUCUCUACUUUGCUACCUGGAUUAGCUUUAUUCUCGCCGUCUUUUUAUUCGGACAGGCCUUUCGAGACUACGUGUCGGGACGCAUGAACGCAAACUCCGCGAGCGACGGUCCUACUGCCGAAGAUCAUCAAAUGCACGAAUCGACUCCAGAAAUUCCGGAUGAUGAUCAAAUUUAG